GCCAUUUUCCGCCGCCGCCGCCACCUUCGCGCCUCAGCUCCGCCUUAAAGGGGCCGCGCCGCCUUUUUUGUAUUAGUUUUAUUUCUUCCCUCGCAGCGCUUCGGCGGCGACCCGGGUGGGCCUAGAGACACCCCCCCCUUCCCCUCGCCAGAGCCACCAUGAGGGAGAUCGUGCACAUCCAGGCGGGCCAAUGCGGCAACCAGAUCGGCGCCAAGUUUUGGGAGGUGAUCAGCGACGAGCACGGCAUCGACCCCACGGGCACCUACCACGGGGACAGCGACCUGCAGCUCGACAGGAUCAGCGUCUACUACAACGAGGCCACCGGAGGUAAAUACGUGCCCAGGGCCAUCCUGGUGGACCUGGAACCCGGCACCAUGGACUCGGUUCGCUCCGGCCCCUUCGGCCAAAUCUUCCGCCCCGACAACUUCGUCUUCGGCCAAAGCGGCGCCGGCAACAACUGGGCCAAGGGCCACUACACGGAGGGGGCGGAGCUGGUGGACUCGGUGCUGGACGUGGUGCGCAAGGAGGCCGAGAGCUGCGACUGCCUGCAGGGCUUCCAGCUCACCCACUCGCUGGGCGGCGGCACCGGCUCGGGCAUGGGCACCCUGCUGAUCUCCAAGAUCCGCGAGGAGUACCCCGACCGCAUCAUGAACACCUUCUCGGUGGUGCCGUCGCCCAAGGUGUCGGACACGGUGGUGGAGCCCUACAACGCCACGCUGUCGGUGCACCAGCUGGUGGAGAACACGGACGAGACGUACUGCAUCGACAACGAGGCGCUCUACGACAUCUGCUUCCGCACCCUCAAGCUGACCACGCCCACCUACGGCGACCUCAACCACCUGGUGUCGGCCACCAUGAGCGGCGUCACCACCUGCCUGCGCUUCCCCGGCCAGCUCAACGCCGACCUGCGCAAGCUGGCCGUCAACAUGGUGCCCUUCCCGCGCCUCCACUUCUUCAUGCCGGGCUUCGCGCCGCUGACGAGCCGGGGCAGCCAGCAGUACCGCGCCCUCACCGUGCCCGAGCUCACCCAGCAGGUGUUCGACGCCAAGAACAUGAUGGCGGCCUGCGACCCCCGCCACGGCCGCUACCUGACGGUGGCCGCCGUCUUCCGGGGCCGCAUGUCCAUGAAGGAGGUGGACGAGCAGAUGCUCAACGUGCAGAACAAGAACAGCUCCUACUUCGUGGAGUGGAUCCCCAACAACGUGAAGACGGCCGUCUGCGACAUCCCCCCCCGCGGCCUCAAGAUGGCCGUCACCUUCAUCGGCAACUCCACCGCCAUCCAGGAGCUCUUCAAGCGCAUCUCGGAGCAGUUCACGGCCAUGUUCCGCCGCAAGGCCUUCCUGCACUGGUACACGGGCGAGGGCAUGGACGAGAUGGAGUUCACCGAGGCCGAGAGCAACAUGAACGACCUGGUCUCCGAGUACCAGCAGUACCAGGACGCCACGGCCGAGGAGGAGGAGGAUUUCGGCGAGGAGGCCGAAGAGGAGGCCUGAGGAGGGUCGCGGUCGUCGUCGUCACGGAGCCCCCCGUGCGUUGCCCCGGAGAGCCGAGGGCCGCCCAGCCGCCACGCGGCCCCCGGCGUCGCCGGCGUCCCCCAGCGUUGUCGUCAUCGUCCUCGGUGGCAGCGGAGAGUCCCCAACCUUCCCCAUGGA